AAUUUGACAAAACGAUUACAGAUGAUGUGGCGAAGAACGACUGAAGCAAAUUUUCAUAUAUUUUCCCUACAAAUUAAGCUGAUUUUUUAGAAGAAAGUUAAAGAGAAUUUGCUUAGAAGAAUAACCAAUUGCGUUAAAGUAAUAAGUUAGUUAAUAGAAGUAAUAAAUAAUUUAAGUAAUACACAAAAAGUGCGGUAUUCGAUAAAAACAAUGCAAAAUGUUUGGCAGACGAAAAUGCUCGGCAAUGAACUCUGCACUAAUUUUUCUGGGCGUUUGCAGCAUUCUUAUGCCGACAAAUUGGGUAGUAGAGGGUCUUUCUGACUUACGGCUUUGUGCGGAUCCACAAUGUCAAAGCAUUAUUUCUCAUGGAACUGGUAAGAUCUCCUAUCGAGCAGGGAAAGAAGGUAUGGUGUCUUUUAAAAUUAACUCUAAAAUACGAAUUAAAUCGAAAAGUGCUGGUAAAGAUCCCACGCUUUGGGGUAUCGAAGUAAAUGGACGAGAAGGUUACGCACCAAAGGAGUAUAUUUUGGAAGAAAGAGUAGUUGUGAAAGAUAAGUACUUAUUGUAUACUGUACCUGUCACUGGUUCACAAACAAUAUCUUCAACUGCAACACCAACACCAGCUGCAACGCUAAAACCUUCAGAAAGUAUUUCAAUAAAAAAAGAAGACGUGGAGAUAACCCCCACAGCACCAUUGUCGCCACAAUUAGAAACUGAAAAAUCAAUUCCUCUAACAAGUCGGGAGAGGGAACCUACUAAGGAAGAUAUAAGUCAAGCGACACCUGUGCAAUCUAAUAUUGAAAUUAUUGAUGGUACAGAAAUACCGGUUUUAGAAAAAGUGAUAGAAAAACAAAAUAACUUCCUAGAAAAGAGUCCUGAUAAUGCUGAGGUAGCAGAAAAACAACCAUUGGAAAACAGUAACGAAACCUCAGAGGUUGAAAAGCAAGUGUCUAAACCUGAACAAAUUAUUAAUAAUACUGCUCAACAACAGAAUACUUCAAUAACUGAGGAUUCAAAAGAUAUAAAGAGCGAGUUACCUACAUUAGGAUCCGCAGAUGAUGACGGUAAUAUUGAAGAUGAUGACGAUGAAUAUGCCGAAGAGGAAGACUAUAGCGGAGAAAAUGAAGAUGAUCCCAUAUUGGGUGAAAAUGGUGAAGAGAUUACUAAAAAAGAAAGCAACGAUUCAAAUUCGCUGACUGAACAAAUGGAUCUUUUGAAUGCGCAAGGUUUUAACAAACCCGAUGAAGAUAAUAAGGCAGAGGAUUCCUCCGAAACUGAGAAAUCAAAUUUAAAUAUAAGUGAUGGCACAGAAUCUCAUACAAUGGAGGAAAAGCUUUCGAUCGAAUCAUUGGGCGACAACAUAACUGUCAUAAAUGAGACUAUCGGAACCGAAACGACAACGGAGAAGUCAGUUACCGAAUCGGUUACUUUGCCACAAGAACAGUUAUCCGUACCACAAGGAGUAGCUUCUGCUGAAGUGUCGUCGGCAAGUGCAAUUGCGAAUGAAACCGGCAAAGAAGUUCCUAGCGUAUUAAGUGAAAGGCUGCCAGUUCCUAACACAUUGACAGAUACUACAGCUCUCGAAACCGAGUUACAAUCUAACGUCUCUAUAGAAACUACCACCCAAUCAACAUCUGCAACUACGAGCGAGAUAAAAGUCGAUGACAAUGCAUCAAGUGCUGAACAUAAUGUGCCUACUUUACAAAUGUUUGAAACAUCAACUCAACAUCAACCUCAGGAUAAGUACAAACAGGAGCAACAACAUACACAUGCCCAUACGCACUCACAAGAGCAACAGCAUACAUAUCAGUAUCAUCCACAAGAGCAACACCAACAUCUUGAUACGAGUACACAGCAAAAUAACCCACAAGAUCAACACAAACAUCUAGAUCCGCUACAAAAUAAUAUUCCUCAAGAGUCGGAAGAGACUACAACAGAGGCAGCGGAUGUAGCAGCAAGUCAACGGUCUGAAGACGAAGAACUACAUACACCCUAUUAUCCCAAACCGAUCGAUGAGCAAAGGUUAAACCAGCCACCACCCGGUGUAUAUUCCUACGAAACUGUUACAGAAUCAUCGACAAGUGAAGUGGAAACCGAGCAAUUAGAUACGGCAACUCCUUCAUCAAGUGAUCCUCAGCAAAGCAACGAAGUCAACGAUGCAUCUGAUGAAUACGUCGAGUCAAUGAAAAGAGAUGAAGAAAGUCGACACAAAAGCCACUUAUAUGCAAGUUCCGAAGAGGAAACCACAGCCACACCAGCUGAGGAAAAUAGUCAAAGCAGUGUUAUAGAUGUCGUCGCGGUAGAGGAAAACUUGUCCCACACCACGCCUAUUCCACCAAGUGUUGAUGAGAUAGAACAACCAGUACUGCAUUCAACACCAAUACCGCCUAUAGAAGAAUACGAGACAACAACAACUGCGGCAGGUCCGUCGAUAGAGGAAUAUGAAACAACAACAUCAGUGCCACUUCCAUCAAUUGAAGAAUAUGAAACAACAACAUCAGUGCCACUUCUACCAGUAGAGAAAUAUGAAACAACAACACCUGUGCCACUGCCAUCAAUAGAAGAUUAUGAAACCACAACAAAAACAUCUGAGCCAGUCGAAGAAAAUGAAAGGAUAAUAACAAACGCUGUGCCAAAUAAUGUGCCAGAGCAAGAAACUAAGGAGCAGGAACAGGGCCUAUUCGCUACUAUACUAGGCACUGUCAAUAAUUUCUUGUCGCAUGGCAAAAAGGAAGAUGCUAAUGUAGAGGAUGAAGAACUGCAACGCAUACUCUAUCCUGAUCGAGCCAAAACAAGUAAAACAUCAAAGGAGGCCGAUGCUGACUAUUGUGAGAAGCUUUCACCAAACGAUUGUCCAUCGCAAGUGUUGCGUGAAUUAAAUAAUGCGGCGGCAUCGUCUUCUUCAAUAGCUGGCUGUCAGUUGGAUCUAACUAACAUGUCCAUGGAUAUGUUGUUGACCGUGGCUGGUAAUAAAAUGUUUGAAAUGAGUGAAUUAUUGGCCUGCCUGGCGACAGUGUCGGUCACGUGCCUUUUCUUUUUGUUCGUGUAUUAUUGUUUCUGCAACAGCAGUCGCGAAGGCGAGCUGUUGGGCAGGUUGAAUGCGUUGGAGCGCAGCUUGCUGGCGACACACAAGGAGAAUGCUAUACUCAAAGAAGAUUUGAUGGGUACGCGUAACAAAUUGUCGAGCAUUGAAGAUAAUUCCUUCGGUUCGAACGAUAUGGUAAUAGCGUUGAAGCAAGAAUUGGAGGAGGAACUGCUGGAAAAACGUCAAUUGCAAGAACAAGUUGGAAGUUUAGAAAAGGAACUAGAAAAUGCAGCCGAAGCCGGACUGGAGUUGAAUAAAAUCGUUUCAGAACUAUUGAACAAUCAGACCGGUGACGAAUCUAUUAUCAGCAGCGUUGAGGAAUUGCAAAAGCAGUUGAAUGAACAACAAAAAACUAUACUCGAUAUAAACGCUAACUUGGCCGAGAAAAGUCGUGAAAAUAGCGAACUACAGCUUAUGAUUGCAGAGCAGAAUGCGCGUCUUAGCGGUGAAAUUGCGUCGUUGCAGCAAGAUAACGACGAGCUCGAAGUGGAAAAGAGUAAUUUACAAACACGUUUGGAGGAAGUGAAGCGCGAGUUCGAAGAAGACAUCACCAAGGCGCUGGAAGGCAAGAACUUUGAGAUAAAACGUCUACAAAGUGAAUUAGUUGAGCUCAGUACAAAGCUCGAGGCGGAACACACGAAGUAUCAGACGAGUUUGGCGAAAGUAGAGGCUUUGGAGGAGUGUUUGCGUACAGUACGUAGAGAUCCAAGUGUGAAUAUCAACAACGUUAUUGACGUUGCCAACGUAAGAGCCGAACUGUUGGAUGUGCAAAAGCGGUACGCUGCUUUAAAAGAUCGAUUAGAUACAGAAACGGAUGCCAAAAAGUUGUUCGAACAGCAAUUACAGCUAGCUAACAGUGAAAAUGAGAAAUUGAAGCAUGAUUUCCAUCAAUCGGAAAAGGAUAAAUUAGAGGCACAGACGCGUUUGGAAGUGUUGUCCAACUACUUCAAGGAGAAGGAAAACCAGCUGCAAAAAGAACUAAGUCUGAAAGAAGCCAUGUGGCUGAAGCAACAAGGUGAAACCACCAGCACCGUGGAUCGCGUUACCACAAUGCAACAAGAAAUUCAAGCAUUAAAAUCGCAAAACGAUGCACUGCGCGCUGAAAUCGAAGCUCAACUAGCAGCACACAAAGCGCAAACGGGGACUUUGGAGAAUCGUGCACAUGAAACAUGGCUGGCGGCACGUCAAUCAGAACGUCGGUAUGAGGAGGCGCGCGCCGAAGCCACAGCGCUGCGUCGUAAGCUCACUUCCUUGGCUGGGGGCGCGACUGGUGAAGCUAAUUUUGAAAAAAUGGCUGCUGGGGAGUUAAAUAAUGCGAAUUCGCCCAUACAUAUGGAAUCGCCCGGUUCGCCGUUGUUAGGUAGACUGCCACCACCGCCAUUCCUGCCACCACCAUUCAUGGGACCACCGCCACCAUUUAUGGGCAUGCCACCGCCAUUUGUGCCACCGGGUGAAAUGCGUCCACCGCCACUGGGACGUCUAAUGUCACCACCACCGGGUGCGGUCAGCGGCGGCAGUGGUGGUAGUGGGCAUUUACCACCACCGCGCAGCGGUCGUUAUUCGCCCAACCGCACUGAUUAUGACGCCUAUGAUGACGAUGAGGACGAGGAUGAUUAUGUGGAUGACGAAGACGAUGAAGAUGAGGAAGAGGAGCGUAUUCGUCAACAUCAUCGGCGACGUGGUAGCGAUAUAAAUGGCAGUUGGCAUCGCGACGACUCAUACUCACCGCCGCCGCGCGCUUAUCGUUCACAAUCGCCCACAGAUAGUCGUUACAAUUACAACGCGGAACGUGAUCUCAUCUCGACAUACGAUACCGAAACCGAUUUCGAACCAUCACCAUCACCAAGAAAACACGAACGACGCGGUGCACGCGGCUCACGUGCCGGCAGCUACCGAGAUUACUCACCACCGCCAAGUGCCUCGUCACCGUUGAACGUAUCUUCCAACAGUAAUGCAGGCAAAAAGCAUACCUCCUCGGCAUUUAGUAAAGGCCAUAUGAGUUCCGGCUCAGAGAAGUCCUACAAUGCCCCGCCACCACCACGACAUGGUGGCAAAAAGAAUAGCAAGUCGGCGGUGUAAGUGGUUUAUGGGGGCGUGCAACUUACCAAUGGAGUUCAAAUGUUUACUUGGCUAAGCGUGGGCGGUUAAUCUACUAAAUAAUACUAACGUGUAGUUAAAUUAAUUGUUAUACAUAUACUUAACGGUGAAAGAGAUAAGAGCGAACAACAUUGGAAUACCAACAACACGAAGUAACAGCGAAAAGAACACUGCAAUAAUACUAAAUAUCCACUCCAUACAUACCCACGUACUCGUAUGCGCAACACACGAGUACAUUCGUACAUACAUGCAAACUUUUGCCAACGAGAUUCCAUAUUACAUGCCAAAAAUUACGUAUUAACAGCAUUUCAUUUUACGCACUUUUUAGUCCCAAAUUAGCAGCGAACAAAAAUGGUAGAAUCCUUUUUUACUUAUUGUUUUUGUUAAUAAAAAUUUACCUCCUAAUCCGAAUGUUUGCGAAUGGUUGGAUUUAUUCAACAGCGCUGUGCGAUGUGCACUUAAUGGCGUCGGCAAGCAUUUGUUGUAGUAGUGCUGCGCUCACGAAUAAACUUCCGAAUGUCGUUAGAGAUCUUGAAAUGUUUUGUUUUCUCUUCUGUAUAUGUAAUUAAGUCUAUGUUGUUAACAUAUGUUUAUGAGAGUACUAUUUUAAUAAUUGUGGUCCUGUAUAAAUUUCAUCGCAAUAGAACGGACUGAAUAUCUAAUAAACGAGAAGUAAAAUAAAUACUUAAAUCAUAAAAUCGAAUAAAA